GCGUUUGGAUUCGAAUGCUCUUCACUGCGACUGUGAAAUCCUGUGGCUGGCCGAGCUGUUGAAGACGUAUGCAGAGUCAGGUAAUGCUCAAGCAGCAGCUACCUGUGAGUAUCCACGGAGGAUCCAGGGAAGAUCAGUGGCCACAAUUACACCAGAAGAACUGAACUGUGAGAGGCCAAGAAUUACAUCAGAGCCUCAGGAUGUGGAUGUUACCUCAGGGAAUACCGUGUACUUCACUUGCAGAGCUGAAGGCAAUCCUAAGCCAGAAAUUAUCUGGCUUCGAAACAAUAAUGAGCUCAGUAUGAAAGAAGAUUCCCGUCUAAACUUGCUAGAUGAUGGCACGUUGAUGAUUCAGAAUACUCAAGAAACAGACCAAGGCAUUUACCAGUGCAUGGCAAAAAAUGUGGCUGGGGAAGUGAAAACUCAGGAAGUUACUCUUAGAUACUUUGAGUCACCAGCCCGACCAAGUUUUGUGAUUCAUCCACAAAAUACUGAAGUGCUGGUUGGAGAGAGUGUUACCUUGGAGUGCAGUGCAACUGGGCACCCUCAGCCACGAAUUACCUGGACCAAAGGCGACAGAACUCCUUUACCAAAUGACCCUCGCAUCACCAUAACUCCAUCAGGAGGACUUUACAUACAAAAUGUAAAGCAGGAGGACAGUGGCGAGUAUACCUGUUUUGCAACUAACAGCAUAGAUAAUAUUCAUGCAACUGCGUACAUCAUAGUCCAAGCUCUACCUCAGUUUACUGUCACUCCUCAAGACAAAACAGUGAUUGAGGGACAAACUGUUGACUUCCCCUGUGAAGCACAAGGCUAUCCCCAGCCUGUUAUUGCCUGGACUAAAGGAGGAGGCCAGUUAUCUGUUGACAGAAGACACCUAGUUCUGUCCUCCGGAACCCUAAGGAUUUCCAGGGUUGCUCUGCAUGACCAGGGCCAGUAUGAAUGCCAAGCUGUCAACAUUAUCGGGUCUCAACGAAUUGUCGUAUACUUGACUGUGCAGCCUAGAGUGACUCCUGUAUUUGCCAGUGUUCCCAGUGACAUGACAGUGGAGGUUGGCACAAACGUGCAGAUCCCGUGCAGUGCUCAGGGAGAGCCAGAGCCAGUCAUUACAUGGAAUAAGAGUGGAAAAUUUCAUGUUAGUCCAGAGGGAUUUCUUACCAUCCGUGAUGUUGGAACAGCUGAUGAAGGUCGAUAUGAAUGUGUUGCCCGGAAUACCAUAGGAUACUCGUCUGUUAGUAUGGUGCUUAGUGUAAAUGUCCCUAAUGUCAGCCGAAAUGGAGAUCCUUUUGUACAAACAUCAAUUGUGGAAGCAAUUGCAACUGUUGACAGAGCAAUAAAUUCAACACGUACCCAUCUGUUUGACAGUCGUCCUCGUUCUCCAAAUGAUUUGCUAGCCUUAUUUCGAUACCCAAGGGACCCAUACACUGUUGAGCAAGCAAGAGCUGGGGAAAUAUUUGAAAGGACAUUACAGCUUAUUCAAGAUCAUGUACAGGAUGGUCUAAUGGUUGACCUGAAUGGAACAAGUUAUCACUAUAAUGACCUUGUAUCCCCACAGUACUUGAAUCUGAUAGCUAAUCUCUCAGGCUGUACAGCCCAUCGACGAGUGAACAACUGCUCAGAUAUGUGCUUCCACCAGAAGUACAGGACACACGAUGGAACGUGCAACAACCUUCAACAUCCCAUGUGGGGUGCUUCUCUGACAGCCUUUGAACGUCUGUUAAAGUCAGUCUAUGAAAAUGGAUUUAAUUUGCCUCGGGGAAUUGAACCCAGGAGGCUCUCUAAUGGUUAUGCACUCCCAAUGCCUCGCUUGGUUUCAACUACUCUGAUUGGAACAGAAACAGUAACUCCUGAUGACCAGUACACUCACAUGCUCAUGCAGUGGGGUCAGUUUCUUGACCAUGACCUUGACCUCACUGUGGCUGCCCUAAGUGAGGCCAGGUUUUCGGAUGGUCAGCAUUGCAGUUCCGUUUGUACAAAUGAUCCUCCAUGCUUUUCGAUCAUGAUACCACCGAAUGAUCCCAGAGUUCGAAAUGGUGCACGCUGCAUGUUUUUCGUACGCUCCAGUCCAGUUUGUGGAAGUGGCAUGACAUCUCUUCUGAUGAAUUCUGUGUACCCACGUGAACAGAUCAACCAGCUGACUUCAUACAUCGAUGCAUCCAAUGUGUAUGGCAGUUCAGACCAUGAAGCACUGGAAAUCAGAGACUUGGCAAGUCAAAGGGGUCUUCUGAGACAGGGCAUUGUACAGAGAUCUGGCAAACCCCUUCUUCCAUUUGCCACUGGCCCACCAACAGAAUGUAUGAGAGAUGAAAAUGAGAGCCCAAUACCCUGCUUUUUAGCUGGUGAUCAGCGCUCUAAUGAACAAUUGGGUCUUACCAGCAUCCACACAUUGUGGUUUAGAGAACACAACAGAAUUGCCACAGAGCUACUGAAACUAAAUCCACACUGGGACGGUGACACAAUAUAUCAUGAAACACGCAAAAUUGUUGGUGCAGAAAUGCAACACAUAACAUUUAGUCACUGGCUCCCUAAGAUCUUUGGAGAGGUAGGCAUGAAGAUGCUUGGCGAAUAUAAGGGUUAUGAUCCCAGUGUUAAUUCUGGCAUAACUAAUGAGUUUGCAACUGCCGCUUUUAGGUUUGGUCACACACUCAUUAAUCCUUUUCUGUAUCGACUGGAUGAAAACUUUGAACCUAUUCCACAAGGCCAUCUACCUCUUCAUAAGGCAUUCUUCUCUCCAUUUCGGAUUGUAAAUGAAGGAGGCAUUGAUCCACUUCUAAGGGGAUUUUUUGGUGUUGCUGGUAAGAUGCGUGUCCCGUCACAAUUACUCAAUACAGAAUUAACAGAAAGACUCUUCUCCAUGGCACGUACUGUGGCUUUAGAUCUGGCAGCUAUGAAUAUUCAGAGAGGCAGAGAUCAUGGAAUUCCUCCCUACCAUGAUUUUAGAGUUUACUGUAAUCUUUCUUCAGCUCAGACUUUUGAAGAUCUGAAAAAUGAAAUUAAGAAUCCUGAAAUCAGGGAGAAACUUAGCAGGUUAUAUGGUUCUCCACUGAACAUAGACCUAUUUCCUGCACUAAUGGUAGAAGAAUUAGUUCCAGGGAGCCGACUGGGGCCAACUUUGAUGUGUCUGUUAACCACACAGUUUAGGAGGAUUCGGGAUGGAGACAGGUUAUGGUAUGAGAACCCGGGUGUGUUCACGCCUGCUCAGCUCACUCAGAUCAAGCAGACAUCUCUUGCCAGAGUUUUGUGUGACAAUGGUGACAACAUAACAAGGGUACAACAUGAUGUCUUUAAGGUGGCUGAAUUCCCACAUGGAUAUAGUAGCUGUGAAGAUAUUCCUAAACUGGACCUCAGGAUGUGGCAAGAUUGCUGUGAAGACUGUAGAACUAGAGGACAGUUUAAUGCAUUUUCAUAUCACUUUCGGGGAAGACGUUCUCUUGACUACAGCUUGCAGGAGGACAAGCCCUUGAAGAAAAUGAAAAUGGUCAAAACAGUAAGUUCUGUGAAACAGAGUAAAUACUUUCAUAAUGCCACAUCAGCAUCUAAUGAAAAUAGAAAUGUACCUGCAGUGAAUGACUUCAAAGAAUUUGUUUUGGAAAUGCAAAAAACUAUUUCAAGCCUCAGAAAUCAGAUAAAAAAACUUGAAUCACGCCUUAGUAAUUCUGAUUGCACUGAUGAAGAUGGUAAAUCAUAUUCCAGCAAUGAAACCUGGAAAAGGGACCCUUGCACUGUGUGUGAAUGCAAGGUUGGUCAGAUUACCUGUCUUGUGGAAUCAUGCCCACCAGCUGAGUGCGAAGUGCCUGUGAAGGUUAAAGGACGUUGCUGUCCAGUUUGCUUACAACAAAAUAUUAAUAAAAAGAAGCCAUAAGUCUGCUUUUUAAGAGUUUAGGGUGUAUACUCCUCAAAUCACAUCAGUGCCUGCUGAUGGCAAAACCAGGUAACUACAGUCUUAGCAACAGCAAGAAAUCAAGAUUUAAAAUAUUCUAAUGGUGCUCUAACACUAUAACAUGGCAUAUUGUUUUAUUUUCUGCCCAUGAAGGUAAAUCACAAUGCAAAAAUUAAUGAAAGGGAAAUUAGCAAACAGGUCAAAGUUAAUUUUGUGUUAUACUUCUC